GCAAGUAUCGUUAGUAAGUACAGAGCAGCUGGUGAGGAUAAACAGAGCACUUUGGACAGCAGCACCUCGAGCAAAAUGAACCAGACUUUAACAGACGAUUACUACAAUGAAUCCUUAAGUGGAUAUGAUUAUCUGGAGGAUUAUGAAAAUCACUUUUUAGAGGUGAAAAAGUCUUUGCAGACACUUUCUCUGGCCAUUUACUGCCUGACGUUUCUCCUCGGAGUUCCCGGAAACAUGUUUGUUGUGUACAUCGCUGGAAUGAAGAUGAAGAGGACGGUUAACACAAUAUGGUUUCUCAAUCUAGCGACCGCCGACCUCCUGUGCUGCCUUUCCAUACCGUUCAGCGUGGCAAAUAUUCUCCUUGACCAUCACUGGCCGUAUGGAUCCGUCAUGUGCAAGAUUCUCCCCUCUGUUAUAAUCAUCAACAUGUUUGCCAGCGUUUUCACCUUGAACUUCAUUAGUCUGGAUCGGUUUACUCAGGUGAUCACACCAGUCUGGGCUCAGAAUCAUCGCAAUUUGUUGCUUGCACGACUGUCUUGCGUAGCGGCUUGGCUUCUGGCUUUGGUGCUCAGUUUGCCCUUUAUGAUAUUAAGACAAACCUUUGAGGACUGCAACAUCACGCUUUGCACAUUUCAUGCUGGUGAAGAAACUGAUUUUACAACAUCUGGAAGGUUAAGCAUUAUCAGAUUUGUGUUUGGCUUUUUGGUUCCUCUCAUAUGCAUCACAACAUGCUAUGGAUUCAUCGCACGCAAGUUAGGCAGGAGUCAAUUUCGAUCUGGACGAGCGUUUCGCAUCAUGUUGGCUGUAAUCGUGGCCUUUUUUCUGUGUUGGGUUCCGUAUCACAUAGUGGAUUUGAUAAUAUUGUACGGAGAGGAAUCAAGUUCCUCUGUGGCAAGGGCAGUGGAUCCAUUGGCCAUCUCUUUGGCGUACAUCAACAGCUGUCUGAACCCCAUUCUGUAUGUUUUCAUGGGACAGGAUUUUAAAAGCAAGGUUAAACUUUCUCUAAGACGUGUUUUUGAAAGAGCUUUCUCUGAGGAGGGAACACAAGCAUCACGAUCCACACAGUCACAACAAAUGCACUCAAUGUAGUGAAGAUAUCAACUCAUUUAUUCAGAGUUUAGGUCAUUUACCAAUGCACUUUCAAACAAGACUUGUUCCAUUUGCUUUAAUAUUUUGUUAGCCAUUGCAAUUAGUCUGACUUUCUUUGACUUACUUUCAUUCUCAGAGUGAUUUUCUAGACCAAAAAGUCCUUGACAAAAAUAUUUAUAUUUUAAACUAAAACUUAAGAUAUGCAAAACAGCUUACUUUAGCACUUUCCAAUAGGAAGUGUCUAUUCUGGUUUCUUCUUUGUCAUCUAAAAAAAUCUGCUCUAAAACUUCUGCAAUAAAACAUACAGGGGUUGGACAGUGAAACUGAAACACCUGGGUUUAGACCACAAUUAGUAUGCCGUUUGGCCUCCUUUUGCAGCCAAUACAGCAUUAUUUCAUCUUGGGAAUGACAAAUACAAGUCCUGCACAGUAGCCAGAAAGAAUUUUGAGCCAUUCCUUUCGCAGAACAGUGGCCAGGUCGCUAUGUGAUGUUGGUGUAUGAAAACAUUUCCUGACUCGCUCCUCCAAAACACCCCAAAGUGGCUCAAUAAUAUUCAGAUCUGGUGACUGUGCAGGCCAUGGGAGAUGUUUAACUUUACUUUCAUGUUCAUCAAAUCACUCUUGUCACCAGUCUUGCUGUGUGUAUUGGUGCAUUAUCAUCCUAAUACACGGCACCACCUUCAGGGUACAAUGUUUGAGCUAUUGGGUGCACAAAGUCAACCUUCACACUCUGCUCUUAUUGGUGGAAUGUGCGAUCAGUAAAGACUGGCCACCAGGCUGCAUAAAUAUAGCCAUGAAACCUCCAACACUAUAUUGGCCAGUGUUUCAGUUUCAUUGUCCAACCCCUGUAGAUAUGAUAUUGUUUUGUUGAUUUAUUCCUAUUAAGCAAUGCUCAAUUUUUGGUGCAUUGUUUUUAUGCAUUUUUUAAUGUAAAAUUAACAGGGUUUAUAAUCACAACCUUCAUAAAUACAUUCCUGCAUUGAUUUACAUACUGAAUGGCUAUUUCUUACAUCUAUUCACAUGCAUGUAUUAAACAAAUGCUUUUAUCCAAAGCAAUUUACAUUGCAUUAAAGCUAUGUUUUUCAAUUCCCUGAAUCGAACCUAUAAGACAGUUUUUGUUAACUAGUUCAUGACAAAGCAAUUUCUUGUAUACCGAAAGUUCAAAAGCAGCUUGUAGUCUGUAAUACUGAUGCUAUUUUUAGACAGGCGCUGCAAGUUUUGAGGAAGCCAUGAAUUGUGUGUCUUUUGUUGGGAUGUGGUCUACAGGCUAAAUACUUACCAUGAUUAAAAGUGCAUGUACAUGAAUAUUGUCUUGAAUGCAAAGGUCUGUAUAAACAGUAGACUUCAUAUUCUGCUAAGAAUAGUGGCUAAUGCUGUGCAAUUAUCAUGUAUGUAUGUAACAUCAAUUGUUUCUCUUUACUGUUCAUGCUCAUUAAACAUUCAAAAUGACUUUUAAUUUGGACAAAAAGUUGAUUCAGUAUUA